CACAUCAUCAGUCUUCUCAAGAUCCUCAAACAGAGCUCCAAUAAAACGUCACAUUCGCCGAGGAACUAACCGCAGUGACCAAGAAACCAUCGUUACUCGAAGAAAUAACAUACAAAGACACGUAUUUCAUACCUCGUUAAAAUUAUGAUGCGAGAGAAGCUCCUCGCCGUGCUGUUUCUCAGUUUUAUUGCGAUAGUUCUGAGUUUGCCUCAGCAAUCAAAAUCGAAGAGACCCACUACAGUGUUUAAGGUUUUUAAAUAUCGAUUUCUGCGUUAUUCCAUAUCGCAAUUCUUCGAGAUUGCAGAUAGAAAAAUCAAAUUUUUCAAUAAAAUUUUCCAGCAACCGGCAACUGGUGGCUUGCUGCUUCCCGAUAACGCUACGCUCAUCCGCGACAACAUCGUCGACACGUUUUCCUGCGAGAAUAGAGUUUAUGGAUACUACGCCGACGUGGAGAACGAAUGUCAAGUGUUCCACGUGUGUCUACCGCAAACUAGGAACUCAAUUAGAUGGAGUUUUAUUUGCCCCGCCGAGACAGUUUUCAAUCAAGCGACAUUUGUAUGCACACGGACAGAAAGUUCGAUACCAUGCGAGGAAUCGGAGAAAUAUUACGUUUUGAACGAGGAGAUUGGCAAGGAAGUGGAAGAGGAAGAGGAGGCAGAUCAGGAACGAGGAAAGGAAAACACCACAAAGACUUCUGAAUUGGAAACGGUGUCAAAAAAAUCAUUUUCGAAAAAUUCUAGAUUGUUAGAUCGAGAAAGGUUGUUCCGGCAUAAUUAAAAAUACACCUUUUCUCCGCUCAUUUGAAAGGAAUUGUUCUAUAAAAUAUCGUAAUUACGGCUAGCCAAUAUCUCAGCUUAAGAAUAAAAUUUUAGCUUACACCGAUUAAGAUUGACUAAAUGCUCAUUUAAUCAUUAAGAUAAUCGCUUAUAGAUCGCUUAUCAUCUUUGUAAGAGCGCUCAUAAUAGCAAAUACAUAAGGCUAAAGUUUAAAUUAUUGUCGAUAUAAAAUAUAACAUAAUGACGCGUGUGUAAAAUAAAAUUUCUGUACAGAGCCAGUCGAAUACGAGUAAAAUAAGUCGUAUUUCUCGUAAUUAUGUGCAAAAAAAUUAAACGCUUAUAUCUGUAAUUAUUAAUC